AGUCUCCACAAUCUUGACGCAACUGACCGGAAGAGGUCCACGCAUGCGCUGUCAGUGCAAACGAAUGAAGAAGCACUGAAAGAGUCGCAGCGAAAACCGCAUUAAGACAAGAUGUCAGGACUGCCCCGUAGGAUCAUCAAGGAGACGCAGCGCUUGUUGGCGGAGCCCGUUCCCGGGAUCAAGGCGGAGCCGGACGAGAGUAACGCCCGCUACUUCCACGUGGUCAUCGCCGGGCCGCAGGACUCCCCGUUCGAAGGAGGCACUUUCAAACUCGAACUCUUUCUCCCCGAGGAGUACCCCAUGGCUGCCCCCAAAGUGCGCUUCAUGACCAAAAUAUACCACCCCAACGUGGACAAGCUGGGAAGGAUAUGUCUAGACAUUUUGAAAGAUAAGUGGUCCCCGGCCCUGCAGAUCCGCACAGUGCUCCUCUCCAUCCAGGCAUUACUAAGCGCUCCCAAUCCUGACGACCCGCUGGCGAAUGACGUCGCGGAGCAGUGGAAAACUAACGAGGCCCAAGCCAUAGAGACAGCUCGGACAUGGACCCGGCUGUACGCGGGGAACAACAUCGAGGUGUGAAGUGCUCCUGGCCGCCCCGCCCCCUCCUUCAUUUCCAUUCAAAGGACACAGUCUUAGGGGGGAGAAAAAAAACAAUAUACAAACAAAUGUAUAUUAAACAGGGGGGGGGGGGGGGG